AUGUGUGAGGAGACAAAUGAAAAGCGAAGAGCCGACAACAAACGACCACGUUCGGUAGGCUUCUUCCGUACAGAUGUACUUCUUUAUGAUGAGCGCAGUCCUCACGAAUCCGAGAUCGAAGUUGCGUUCGACAAUGACCUAAAACGGCCUGUUGACACUAUAAUAAUCGUUGGGACCAGGCUGGAGAUUGACUCCUUGAGAAGCUUUGUGAAGGACAUGUGCCGAUCCGCGGAGCGUACUAAAAGGGACAUUCUCACUAUAUGGCAUCCAAGCCCCUUAUCCAUGCCGGAACGUUGUCUGCCAAGUACUGAACAGGCUAAAGCUUCUGUCAUUGUGUCCAAGUGUGCCGAACAGCAGUGGGCUGGGAGAGGAUGCAAAAGCGUAGCGUGGUUUUACUUGUUCAACGUCUAG